AUGCUAGCGUCGUCCCGAAGGCUCACGGUGCCGCUAGCUCAAACCACUCGUUCCAUCCAUUUCCGGGCAGCAAAUGCUAACCUCCUUUCCGGCUUAGGAGCGACGCUGGCCCUCCUCCAGGAGCUCGGUGACGACGAGCCGUCCUCGGCAAUUCCCGCUAAGCCGCCGUCUCCGCCUCAACAACAAUUGCAAACGGAAAUAGAACAGGCCCGCCAGCUUCGUCAACAGCUCCAGCAACAGGUGGACCAGUUGAAAAAGCACAAUCAGCAGUUUUCGGAGGUAUUGGUGCGGUUAAACGAAAUUGCCAACACUACCAAUGUUUCUAUUCCUAACCCUCAUGACAUCGAAAGAACUACUGAAUCAGUUGAAGAAGCUGUUGUUGAACCAUUCCCAUUUGAGGCUAUUACCUCAGAGACUCCUACGGUGGUGGUAUCGCGUCAUCAUGAUCCAUUCAUCAACCUCGCCCUAGAGGACUAUAUCUACCAUAACAUGCCCCCUUCGCUGAAGCGGCUUGUGUUCUACGUCAACCUGCCGUGCGUGGUCAUUGGCAAGAACCAGAACCCGUGGAAGGAGGUAAACAUGCCCGCUCUCAAUCGCCUUGGAGUAACACUCGUACGGCGCAAUUCUGGCGGCGGCACCGUCGUCCACGACCAAGGGAACAUCAAUUUCCUGUUUAUGACCUCGAAACAAGAGUUUGACCGCAUGUUCUUCGCUGAGCUAGUUGCCAAUGCCAUGAAUCGUUUGCAUCAGGGAGUUAAAGUCAAUGACCGCGGAGAUAUCGUGACUAAAGCCGAUAACCUCAAAGUCAGUGGCUCAGCAUACAAAAUAUCGAAGGGACGCAGUUACCACCACGGCACCAUGCUUUUAAACUCUAACUUGGAGGUGUUGCGGGGUGUGUUAGCCCGUGAUCCAUCAUUGGGCAUAAUCGAGACUCAAUCGAUUGAUCUGGUGAAAUCUCCCGUCACCAACACUCAUGUCGAUCGCGAACGGUUCAUCGAUGAAGUGAUCAUUGAGUUUGAACGCCAUUUCGGUAGCGAAGCUAAAGUGGAUGAUGAAAUGCAACUGGCGAUUGACCAGAACGAUAUGAUGGGGUUGGGUGACUUUUAUGAGGCUAACAGCAAGCACUGCGAUACCAUUACCAUCUCUAAGGCUACCGAUAUCCCACCAGAAGUAUUGGAGAUUGCCAAGAAGCUCAAAGACGAUAGUUGGAGACUUGGCCAUACUCCCAAGUUUACCCAUACUUUAACUAAUGAAAAGCUUGGAUUCUCGCUUAAGUUUGACGUGGCUAAGGGAGCCAUCGUUGACAACAUGGAAUUGACAUUUACCAACACUAAAGGCCCAGUGCUGAAACAAACCAUCGAGCUGCUGGUGGAGUUUUUGCGUGACCGUAUUCAACAAGGUGGGUUACACUAUAAAGGUAGUGAUAUCGCCGGUUUCAUUACCAACGAUAUGAUUAGCGACUGGGUGGGCCAAUCGAUCGACGGUACUAUUUAA